AUGGAAGAACUCCAAGCUUUCGUCACUAAAUCCUUCGAAUCUUCGGAGAGUCCGAAACUCGGUGCGAACGUCCUCACCGUCAAGCGCAACCUGCCGAAGUUCGACACGGCGGCCUGGCUCAACGCGAUCGGGGAAUCCACGCCGACACACCGGCGGCCAGCCAAGUCAUCUGCGGGGAAAGCACGGCCCACGGGCGGGGCCAGCGAUCCGUCUGACCCCCUAACAGCCUCGGCAGCGGUGCAGGCAGUACCUGUAGCGGCCAAACUACCCUCUUUUCCCACCUCACUCUUUGGCACCGCCGAUACUGAUUUGGCGAGAGAGCGACUGGCGCUUUUCAAAAGAGGAACGCCACAGCAGUUGAGCAAAUCAACGUCUGCGAAACGACCGAAAGGAACUACAGAGAAGAGAAAACUUGAUCGCAAGUCUCCUUGGGAAGAUGUCGGUCAAGUCUCUGAGCCUCAGCAAAUCACAGAUGUCGACCUUUCUCCUGUCGAUCACGACGAUGAUGUCGACAUCGACACCGACCCCGAUGAUGACAUCCCCUUGCACGAGGACACCGACCUCUCAUCGGCCGACCGGGGCGAUCACGCGCGGCUUCCGGCGCGCCAGCCCCACGACCCGAAGCAGACGGCAUCCGGUAGUCCCUCCCCGGUCCCAGGCGUCACGGCAACCCAUCCAAGCAAGCUGAAGCAGCGCCGGAGCCGGACCAACUUCACGGUGGAGCAGUUGGGCGAGCUGGAGAAACUCUUCGAUGAAACGCACUAUCCGGACGCGUUCAUGAGGGAAGAGCUCAGCCGUAAGCUUGGCCUCUCUGAAGCUAGGGUACAGGUCUGGUUCCAGAAUCGAAGAGCCAAAUGUCGUAAGCAAGAACAUCUUGGAGGUAAAGGUACACCUAUUGGCGCCAAUUCGAAUGUCGACACUUGCCGUGUGGCGCCCUAUCUCAGCAUGGGGUCACUGCGCAUGCCCUUUGACCGGGUGCAGGAGCAGCUGCAGUUGAACCUGACCUCCAACGUCACGGCCGCCCCUCCUGUACCGCGCCCUCUGCCGUCCAUCUUCACCCACGCACCCUCGCUUAUGAUGUUCCCGCCUCCCGCCUACGCGUUUCCCCUGGCAACGCUGAUGAGUAGCAUGAUGAGACCUGGGGGAUCCAAGACCUCCAGCAUCGCUGAUUUGAGGAUGAAAGCGCGCCAACAUGCGGCAGCACUCGGCCUGCAUAGUUUCUUAUCUCAGUAAUGACAGACAAUGAGUUUGGAAAACCCCGGCUUCGUUUCCACUGUGUCUCUGGCUUCGGUUCACCUCAGUCUGGUGUCCGAGUCAUACAGAAGCCUGUAAUUAUUACACGACACAAAACCCAAUGGAAAUACUAUACAAUUUGG